GCUCUACGCUUGGUGCAAGACAAAAAACUACAAGGCGGCUUUCUCGUUUCCCGCUCAAUAUGCGCAAACGCUUUGCAACGGGAAGUUAAUGCGACUCACUCAUAUUGAAGGUUAUCGAUUUCACGUUUUUAACCUUAACAGAAAACCGGUAAUAAUAAUAACACAAUUUCGGUGUGUCUUCAGUUUCCAUCAUGCCUCGUAUUGAGAAUGAUAUCAAGCUGGAUUUUAAAGAUGUGCUCCUCCGGCCCAAGCGCAGCACCCUCAAAUCAAGGAGUGAGGUGGACUUGCUGAGGACGUUUACAUUCCGGAACUCCAAGGGCAGCUACACGGGAAUCCCCAUCAUUGCGGCGAACAUGGACACAGUGGGCACCUUUGAGAUGGCGAGGGCUUUAAACAACUUCACCGUCUUCACUGCAGUCCACAAGCAUUACUCCGUGGAAGACUGGCAGGAGUUUGCGGCCAAGCAACCAGAAUGCCUCGAGAAUGUUGCGGUCAGCACGGGCACCGGCGAGGCCGACUUCCAGAAGAUGUCCGCCAUCUUGGCCGCCGUCCCGCAGCUACGGUACAUCUGCGUGGACGUGGCAAACGGCUACUCGGAGCAUUUUGUGCACUUUGUCAAGGAUGUGCGGCAGAAGUUCCCCUCGCACACGAUAAUGGCAGGAAAUGUGGUGACGGGAGAGAUGGUGGAAGAGCUGAUCCUGGCCGGUGCGGACAUCAUCAAAGUGGGCAUCGGACCAGGCUCCGUGUGCACCACGCGCAAGAAGACCGGCGUGGGGUACCCUCAGCUCAGCGCGGUGAUCGAGUGCGCGGACGCGGCCCACGGACUGAAUGGCCACAUCAUUUCAGAUGGAGGAUGCACAUGCCCGGGGGAUGUCUCCAAGGCUUUCGGCGCCGGAGCCGACUUUGUGAUGCUGGGCGGCAUGCUGGCGGGCCACUGCGAGAGCGGCGGCGAAACCAUCGAGAAGCUGGGCAAGAAAUACAAGCUUUUCUACGGCAUGAGCUCUGAAGUGGCGAUGAAGAAGCACGCCGGCGUCCUGGCCGAGUACCGAGCGUCUGAGGGCAAAACUGUGGAAGUGCCGUUCAAAGGCCCCGUGGAGGCAACGAUGCGAGACAUCCUGGGCGGGGUGCGCUCCACGUGCACCUACGUGGGGGCAGCCAAGCUGAAGGAGCUGAGCCGCAGGACCACCUUCAUCAGGGUCACCCAGCAGCUCAACACCGUCUUCGGCAACGACGGCUGAACGCCCGAGGGAGUCUUCAGCGCCGCUUGUAUGUACGCUAACAGUUACACUGCCGUUCCUACGAUAUUUAUUCCCAUUGGACUCUCCAAUGCCAAGCAAUAACGGUCCAUUCGCUUAUAUCGUUCCGACCUUUAACCUUCAGGUAACGUUUUAAUAUCUUGUUUGUUAGAAUGGUGUUUCACAUAUUUUAUACACUGGGGAAAAAAAAUCUGGCACAACAUACCUCAAAAAAUGUCACAAGAGUGAUAUAGAGUGAACCCGAUUGUCACCCCCCACAAUGGUUUAUAAUUACCUCGAGAUGCCACAAGAUGGUAGCAAAGCACUUUGUAUGAACACAUUAAACCCCUUAACUCACUUGAACAUAGUUUAUUGACACACUGUGCCACUAUUUGGGACUGAAUUAAACUCCUCCACUCACGUCAGCAUCGUUCGUUGACAUCAAAAGGCCAUAAAAUGGCAACAAAGCAAUAUUAACGCGUAAUCUCAACAUAGUUCAUUGAUGCCGGCAAAGCACAAUUUUUGUCAGAAUGAAAGUCCGCAGCGCACUUCAACAUAGUUUAUUGACACGAAGAUAACAGCAAAGCACUAUUUUCAUCUGAAUGAAACUCAUGAAUGCAAUUCGACAUCAUUUUUUACUCCAAGUUGACGCCAAAGUAAUACUUUUAUCCACCGCUUUCUAAAGAAAGCUGAACCCUCCUCCCUUUUUUUUUUUUCUCCACAAAUUUAUUGACUCAAUGUGAAAUCUUGAGUCGUGAAGGGGACUACAAAGCAAGAAGUGGACUUGCUGCCAUCUAGUGGAAGAAUAUUACCUCCCUGUCGCUGCGGUAUAUGUCAUUGUCAUAGAUAGAUGAAGAAAGGUACAUUAUUUAUGGUAAGUAAAUGAUAGUUUUUGAAGUAAUGAAGUGAUUGGGAAUCAGUGUAUUUGAAAUGCUUAACGUUAUAUGCAACCAAACUGUUCUCUUCCGUGACGCACCGUUUAGAAUUAGAUGAAUUUUAUUUGUUGUUUUUAACUGUGACCAAUGCCAAAGUUUUAAUGUUUUAGUGAUGUUCACUUUCAGGUCGUGUUGAUUAUAUUUUGUUGCCUUGAAAUUAAGUGUCCCUUUUGCGGUUGAAGGUCACGCGAGUGUCUCUGUCAUCCGCGUACAAUUCAAUAAAGCUGUUCCACCUCUG